CCGACAACGAAAUGCCAAACAGCCGGGGCAACUAAAGGCACCUCGAGUAAACUACGGCUAAUUCGUUCACUAUCUUUACAAUAAAACUAUUAUCAAGUUUAUUAUUGCAAAGUCUAAAGUUGAUUAAAGUCAAAAGUAAUUUCGUGAAGACUCCGUAAUCAUCGACAGGCUCCGCCAAAAUGAGUCGUCAAUGGAUGUACAGCCAGCAGCAGAGGUUAAUGUGUCAGCGGCAGAGUCAGGAGCAGCACAGGGUGGAGGAGGCCCGGCGUGUGGACAGAGAGAGGCAGCUUCAGGCCGGUCUGAAGGACGAGGAGGGCUUAGAGAGGAGGAGAUACCAGCGACAGGCUCAAGAGGGGCUGAAGAAGAGGCAGCUGGAGAGCGACCUACUCAAGGCAGAGGAGGAGAGAAUAAACAGAGAAAAGCAACUGGAACAAGAGGAGAGAAUAGCCAAAGAGAUCGCCCGCAUCAAUUUUGAGAGCCAACGAGAAGAGAAAAUGAGGGAGCAUAUAAAAAAGAACAGCAUGGAGCUUCGAGAGUUGGAGUCAAAGCUGAAAUCUGCAUAUAUGAAUAAGGAAAGAGCUGCACAGAUUGCUGAACAGCAGGCCAUGAGGUUUGAGACAAUGCGUGAGGAGGCAGACUUUGCUCGGUGGAUGAAGCAGGAACAUGAGCAAACAGCUGCUGAGCAGAAGAAGACGGAGCAGAAACACCAAGAGGAGGUAGUGCAGUAUCAGAGAGAGCUGGAGCAGCAGCUGAUAGAGAGGGAGCACAAGAGACAAGAAGCAUAUGAGGAGUUCCUUAAAGAGAAGCUUAUGGUGGACGAGAUCGUCCGGAAGAUUUAUGAGGAGGAUCAGAUGGAGAGGCAGCUGAAACUAGAGAAGGUCCGAGCCACUCAGCAGCACAUUGAAGAAUUCAAGAGACAGCAGAUCGAAUGGAGACGCAUGGAGCAAGAACAGAUGGAGGAAGAGAACAGACGCAUCAGGGAAUUUGCGAGCCAUCAGCAGCACAUGGAGGAGGCCAAAAUGGCAAAGAUCAGAGAGAGAGAAGAAGCAAAGGAGCAUCUGCAAAAAAUAUUGACUGAGAAGAUCGAAGAGGAGAGGCAGCAGCGUGAAGAUAUGGAGCGAGUGCGUGAGGAACUCUGUUUAGAGGAACAGGAAGAGGCCAAUCGGCAGAAAGAAGUAGAAGAGAUGGAGAAGAAAAUCAGACAAAGGCUGAUGAUGCAGCAGACCUACCAGGAGCAAAUGGCUUUCAAAGAGAUGCGGAGGCAGGCAGAGAAAGCGGAAGAGGAGGCCUUCAGGAAAAUGAUGAUGGCAAAGUUUGCUGAGGACGACCGCAUCGAGCAGAUGAACGCUCAGAAACGACGCAUGAAACAACUUGAGCACAAACGCGAGGUGGAGAAACUGAUAGAGGACAGAAGGCAGCAGAUUCAGGCCAACACGGAACUUGAGGCCAAAGAAAGAGCGGUUGAGCAGGAGAAGGAGGCGCUGCGCAGACAGAUAGUUGAAGAAGAAAGGCAGAGGCUUCUGAAACGCCAUGCGACAAAACUCCUGGGAUACUUGCCAAAGGGUCUGCUCCGUGAAGAAGACCUAGCGCACUUUGAUGAAGACUUCAGAAGAACCUUCCAAACCCGUCAGCCAGAUAUCUUUUCUGAAGACAGCUUAGAAGGCGAUGAGUAAAUCUUUACAUCGAAAGCUCUGCCACAAGAUGGCAAAUUAAAUGUUACUGUAAAUGAAGUAGACAUUUUAAGCUCUUUAUUUCUCAGUAUUUAUUAA